AUGUCAGUGGAGAAACUUGUCAUGGACCAAGGUUCCGUUCCUUUCCUUCCUGGUGUGGGCCUGAGCAGGCCGUACAAGAGGCUGAGCGGGCGGCGGACGGGACUGGUACUGGUACUCCUGGCGGUAGGCUGGCUGGCGUGUGCCGUCCUCAUGCCGCUGGUCUACGUCACCAUGUCAAACCUGCAGCUGGAGGUGACCGAGCUCAGGAACCGCAUGAACACUCGAUCUGCACCGAUCGCCUUAGCUGGUACAGAGGACCGGCGGAACGACAUUGCUACAGGCGGGACACGCAGAGAGCGGAGACAGGCCGACCAGACACCGACCAUCGGGAGCGUGUACGUGCGUUGGGGGAGGGAUGACUGUGGUGACAACGCCGAGACUAUCUACUCUGGUGUUGUGGGAAGCGGACAUUAUAACCACCAAGGAGGAGUAAGUGACUACCAGUGCCUGCCCAUGGAAGAUGUGAAGUGGAACAACACAGUGGCCGGUAAUCAGCACCACAGCUACAUCUACGGGACAGAGUACCAGCUCAACAGUGCUGACUACUUCUCUACUGACAACAUGGACCACAUCAACAACCCUGUUAACUACGACGUCCCCUGCUCAGUGUGCCGCGUGUCCGGUCGGUCUGCACACGUCAUGAUCCCCGCCCGCCUGUCCUGUCCUGAGGGGUGGAGUAAGGAGUACAGCGGCUAUCUCAUGUCGGCACAUCACAGCCACAAUAACAACAAGAACUUCAUCUGUGUGGACGGCGCUCCCGAACUCAGGAUGGGAUCUUCUGCUAACCUGGAUGGAGCCCUGCUGUACCUGGUGGAGGCGCAGUGUGGAUCUCUUCCCUGUUCCGUUCCUUUCCUUCCUGGUGUGGGCCUGAGCAGGCCGUACAAGAGGCUGAGCGGGCGGCGGACGGGACUGGUACUCCUGGCGGGAGGCUGGCUGGCGUGUGCCGUCCUCAUGCCGCUGGUCUACGUCACCAUGUCAAACCUGCAGCUGGAGGUGACCGAGCUCAGAAACCGCAUGAACACUCGUUCUGCACCGGCCGCCUUAGCUGGUACAGAGGACCGACGGAACGACAUUGCUGCAGGCGGGACACGCAGAGAGCGGAGACAGGCCGACCAGACUCCGACCAUCGGGAGCGUGUACGUGCGUUGGGGGAGGGAUGACUGUGGUGAAAACGCCAAGACUAUCUACUCUGGUGUUGUGGGAGGUGGACAUUAUAACCACCGCGGAUCGGGAGGUGACCACCUGUGUCUCCCCCUGGAAGAUGUGGAGUGGAACAACCCAGUGGCCGGUAAUCAGCACGGAAGCUACGUGUACGGGGCUGAGUAUGAGCACAACAGUGCUGACUACUUCUCCACAGACAACAUGGCGGGCAUCACCAACCCUCAUAACUACGACGUCCCCUGCUCGGCGUGUCUCGCGUCCGGUCGGUCUGCACACGUCAUGAUCCCCGCCCGCCUGUCCUGUCCUGAGGGGUGGAGUAAGGAGUACAGCGGCUAUCUGAUGUCGGCACAUCACAGCCACCCGAGCAACAAGAACUCCAUCUGUGUGGACGGAGCUCCCCAGCUCAGGCCAGGAUCAUCUGCCGACCAAAAUGGAGCCCUGCUGUACCUGGUGGAGGCGCAGUGUGGCUCUCUUCCCUGUGUACCCUACAUCAGCGGCUUCGAGCUCACCUGUGUGGUCUGCACCUUGUAAAUUGUAACGACCUGAUAUUCCCCUUCACUGUCUGGUUUUAUAAGUGCGUAAUUGUGUGUUUCACAGUGUAAUGCAGGUGAUUGUGCCUUUUGUGUAAUAUAACGGUGAAUGGAUUUACUGUAUACUUUUCACACGUACAGGGCUACAGACAGGACAAAAUUAUUAAUAGCAAA